AGUUACCAUGGUUACGAACACAACCAUUCUUCUCAUCAUUGUUACGAUGACGUCGGUGGCAUCACAGACAUUCCAGUACUCAAGAGGCUGGACGAACGGCAAGCGAAAUGGGCAGAAAAAUGAGUUUAGCUUAGAGAGGAUUUUGAACCCUUGUCAAAUGCACAAGCUUAAAUACCUGCUUGAAGGAAAACCACUUACGGAAAAGAUUCUAACCCCUUGUGAUUAUUUAGAAGAGGACGGCGAACUACCAAAGCGAUACAAAUCAGACCCCGGACAAGACUCAUUGUACGACGCCUUUCAGUAAAUUCUAGUACCUUCUACAACGUUGCCAUAACCUGAGAUUUUGUAUUAAUAUAUUAUC